AUGCUUGUUGAUGAAUCAGAAGAAGAAGAUGAAGGUGUAGAUGAAGGUGAUGUAGAAAAGGUUCAAGAUCCAAUUUCUCCUGAAACUGAACAAAUAUUGAAAGAUAUUGAUUAUGAACUGGAAACAGAAAAGGGAGUUGGUGACAAUGAAGGUGACGAAAGUUCAUCAAGCUCGUCUGAAGAAGAUAUUGAUGAAACUGAACGUGCAAAAAGAAUCCAGGCUGAAGUUGAGAAAGAAAAGCAGCUCAAGAGAAAGAGGAGAGAAGAUAAGGAUGAUGAAUUGUACAAUCCAUCACCUGAACAUGUUGUAGAAUCUCAAACGCCUCCAUCAUCUGGUGGUAGGAAGAAAGCAAGUGCAAGAAAGCGAGUUGUUACUCUUAGUGCAGUAAGAAGAAAGAUAACAAUCAAGCUGCCUAAACGUAUACUAAAGUCAAAACAAAGUCAACCACCAUCACCACCACCUGAACCAUCUCCACCUCAAUCACCACAUAAAUCACCACCAAAACAACCUACACCACCACCAUCACCUCCACCACAUCUAUCACCACCACAUCUUUCACCACCACAUGAACAACCUUUUGUCACAUCACAGCAAAUCUUUCAAACACCACCAUCCACACAACCACCUAUCCAUACAACUCCUGGAUCUUCUGGAUUAAAAAAUUUUCCAAACAUUCCAGUGAAUAUUCCUCUUGAAGACAUUGGAGAUUUCGGUUUUGUAAAUGAUGAGCAAGUAAAGAGGCUGGAAAAGAAAAUGGAAGAAGUAUUGAUAGAAAACAAAAAGUUGGUGGAUCGUGAGAAGAAACUGGAAAAGCGUGUUAAGUCUGUGGAAGCUGAGAACUCUUCAUUGUUAAAGAAAAUUGAAGCUGAUCAGGCAGAGAUUGAUAUUCUUAAAGUAAAAGUUGCUGAAUUAGAGGAAGAGAAAGCACGCAGAGAUGAGCAAAACAAGUACUUUGAGUUAAAGAACAAAGAAUUGGAAGCUGCUAAAGCAAUGAAAGAACACGAGAUAUACAUGAUGAAUAAAGUGUUAGAAAACUUGCUUGGAGAGGCUGUUGAGCAGAGAUUUGAAGAAAUUGAAGUUGAAGAAGUUAGAGCUCGACGUCAAGUUGAAAUUGAUGUUGAGAUGAAGUAUAAAGGCAAGGGUGUUGAAGGUAUUAGUGAAAUUGCUGAAACAUCAAUUGUUCCAUCUUCUGUUUCUGAAUCACCUAUUCAGAAUCCUCGUCCGAUAUAUGCUGUUUCCGGUAUUUUUGAGGAAGACGUCUUAAUUGAUGAUGUUAUUGAUGAUGAGGAAGAGGUCGAGGAGGAUGAUGAUGAAGACAAGACAGAUGAUGCAGACGAUGUAUUCUCUGCUAGUAGUCACAGUGAUGAUGAUGAUGAUGAUAAUGGUCAGGGUGGUACUGGUGUUAAAGUCACUGAAGCAUUUAAUGAAGAGAAUGUAGAAGAUUAUCUUCAUAAUGAUAUGAAUGAAGAGCCUGAGGAUGCUACAAGUGAGGGGGAGAAUGUUGAAGAUCAGAAUGUUGAUAAAAGAGAAAAAUUGAUUUUGCGUCUUCAUGGUGUUCCUCAUUCAGGGUUUUAA